GGCACGCGCCCGGGCCUAUAAAAGGAAAAGUGAGACAUAAUAAUAAAGACUCCUGUUGCUGCUCGAGCCCGAGACAACAAACAGCUAACAAACAAACAAACAAAGCAUCCUGUGAUUCAUUUCGUUUUCCGCGUGCCAGUGUGAGGGAGGAUCAGGAGCACGAGCUCGAGCGCGCGACAGCGUUUCACUCCAAACUCGAGCCACUUCAGUGCCAUGCUGCACCACCUGGAUUUGUCCUUCUGCUUCAUUUCAUCACUUCAUGCCCUGAAAUGCAGUUAGUUCAGGAGCAGCGUCACUGGAACACAUGACGGAUUAAAGCCGGAAACCAAACGAGCACCAGAGGAUCAACUCUUAUGAUCAUAUCAUAAACACGCAUUCGAUUUUCUGCACGCGCUGCAUCCAGACGCGCAUCUCCAUCACUUCCACUGCGCUGCUCACGGACGAAGCGGAACGCAGACGAGUUUCGGGCAAUUUUUGGAUCACGUUUGCGUUUGUUGAAAGGGAAGAGACGAGACAAAAGAAGAACAGAAAGAAAGAGAGGAAGGAAGGAAGAAAAAUCAUGAAGAUGUCUCCUCCAGACCGAAGGAAAAGCAUGCGCGAGCUGGCGCUGGAGAUCGGAAUCCGAGUGCUGCUCUUCGGAGUUUUCGUGUUCACCGAGUUCCUGGAGCCAUUUGAAAGAGUUAUUCAGCCUGAAGAGCUGUGGCUCUACAAGAACCCUCUGGUGGAAUCAGAUCUAAUCCCCAAGAGAGUAAUGUUUGCAAUUUCGUUCCUCACGCCGCUGGCUGUGAUCUUUGUGGUGAAGAUCAUACGACGAACAGAUAAGACCGAAAUCAAAGAGGCAUGCUUGGCGGUGUCUCUGUCGUUAGCGCUGAACGGCGUCUUCACAAACACCGUUAAGUUGAUAGUCGGCAGGCCAAGACCAGAUUAUUUCCACCGCUGCUUCCCAGACGGUCAGGUGAACGCGAAAAUGCUGUGCACAGGAGAACCGGGUCUGGUGUCGGAGGGCCGAAAGAGUUUUCCCAGCAGCCACUCCUCCUUUGCUUUCUCUGGCCUGGGCUUCACCUCCUUCUACUUAGCAGGGAAGCUGCACUGUUUCACUGAGAAUGGGCGUGGACGCAGCUGGCGCCUCUGUGCCAUGAUCCUGCCUCUCUACAGCGCAAUGAUGAUCGCUCUGUCCCGCACCUGUGACUACAAACAUCACUGGCAAGACGCUUUUGUUGGCGGUGUGAUCGGCCUGCUGUUUGCCUACAUCUGCUACCGGCAGCACUACCCACCGUUCCUGCACACAGACUGCCACCUGCCUUACGCCAGCAUGGCGCUGAGCACCGCCCGGCAUGCACCUGUCUCCCAGGAGGUGUCUCAGGUGACGGACAAUGCCACCAGCCUGCCUCUGGAGGGCAUCACCGAGGGGCCCGUAUGACUAACGGAGCCCCUUUCUUUCACCGCUCGCUUGGUAUGACCCACACAGACUGGCUGACUCUUGUACAUUCCAGUGGGUUGUGCAGUUCCUGUUCAUUUUCUCUUCUCCUCGUUUAUUUUGUGUUGGUUAUCGAUCGACCAGACUUGUUUUUUUUGGAUACAUUUUACACACUCACUACACCCGAUGAUGUCGAACGUACACCGUAUCUGUGUCGCAGGAACGAUAGAUCAGAGGAACAGAGAGAAAUGAUCUGAUUAGAUCACAGUGUAAAUGGAGAAGAUUGACGAGCACAAAAAAUUCCAGAUGUUUAGUCUCAGAGGUGCAGGUUUUUUUAAUAGACACUAUAUUGUUUUGUUUUUUUUUUCUUUCUUCUGUUUUGAUUUGUUUGACAUUCUGGGCAGGAAAAAAAUUUCCUAUUUUUCCUUUUCAGCUAUAAAAACUCGCUCCAUUCUUUUCUUUUCUCUUCUGACAGAUCGACCUCCCAUGACCCGGUUGCUUCACUGUUUAUUUUUCUUCUAUUCCACCAUAUACGUCUGUCUCAACAGUCAGUACUUCUUCCUUUUUUUAUUUGCUUUCCUCCCCACCCCACCUUCAGAGUCUCUAUCUCUCUAUUCUUCACAAUUUCUUGUUGGUGACGGUUCCACACCGUCUCCUUCUCUCUGCCUCGUCCUUAUUCUCUCCUGAUCUUCCGUAUUCUCUUCAUUCACCACCAAAUUUCCUUUUAUUUGUCAUUUCGGGGCUGCAUCGAAAUUUGAAUGCAAAUGACAGCUGUAACACUGUAUGGUUGAUAUUAAGUGGGUGGUGUGUGUGUGUGUGUGUGUGUGUGUGUGUGUGUGUGUGUGUGUGUGUGUGUUGGAGGAGGGAGGAAACCUCAAUAUGAACCUGAAUUCGUUUCCAUUAUGUGAAGAGAAGCUGCGAGUGUUAAUCAUCACAUUAGAGCAGAAUGGAAGAAGGAAGCUUCUCGGCUCUCUGGGUCUUCUGUGACCUGCCACAAUCAAACCCCUAAUGGGAUUAUUCAUUACAAUGUUACUAAGUGCUUAUGUCUUGAUAGGGCAGACGGUGAUGACUAAACCGAAUAGAGAACUUCAGUAGUUGAACCUGCUGUGUGAGAUGUGAGAUAAAACCUGCAUUUCUUUUUUUUUUUGCACAUAAAGUUCUCACCUAUUGUUCAUUACGCUCUACUUCCUGGUUAAGCGUUAGGAAGAAGUGUUAAAGCAUUUUUUCUUUACAUUUUCAGUCUCAUAAAGAGGAAAAUAAAGUGACUCAUGGACAUGAA